UGCUAAUGGAAUUUAUUUUUCCCUCCAAAGCUACAAAACCCCCGAGAUAUAAAUGUGGAACGACUAAAAUUUGUCCAGAGAACCAUUUUGCAUUCAAAAUGGCAAGUGGAGCGGCCAACGUCGUUGGGCCUAAAAUUUGCGUAGAAGAUAAUGUGUUGAUGAGUGGAGUUAAAAACAAUGUUGGAAGAGGGAUUAAUAUAGCGCUGGUCAACGGCAAAACAGGUAGCAUGGUGGAUACAAAAUUCUUUGACAUGUGGGGUGGAGAUGUUGCCCCGCUUAUUGACUUUCUGAAGACCAUUAAAGAUGGAACAAUCGUAUUAAUGGCAACCUACGAUGAUGGCGCAACUAAGCUUAACGAAGAAUCGCGGAAACUAAUAUCUGAACUAGGAAGCACAUCCAUCACGAACCUUGGCUUCAGAGACAACUGGGUCUUCUGCGGCGGGAAAGGAAUCAAGACUAAAAGCCCAUUUGAACAGCAUAUUAAGAACAACAAAGACACAAACAAGUAUGAAGGAUGGCCAGAGGUCGUGGAGAUGGAAGGCUGCAUUCCACAGAAGCUGGACUGAAGGCAUCGUCAAAUGGACAUUUACAGUGCGAAAGGACAUUGGAGGGGAAAUGCACUUUCUGCUGCUGUUGGGUAGAGAAUACUUUGUAUGGAGGAAGAAGAAUUACUAUGUAUGGGCACAUCCCAUCCAGGCUAGUAUCUCGCUCAAGGCCCACAAAAAUGAAUGGGAGCUGAGCAAAUGAGCAUGGUGAAUCGCGCAAUUCAUUUUUAAAUGGGGCUUGUGCAGGGAUUUAUCCGGCCAGAUUGUGCCCCAUGUAAAUACUCUCCAAGCAUGUUUCCACCUUAGAAUGUGCAUGGGCAUUGACAUUUUUGGAAAUCCGAUUUAUUUAUUGUCAAAACAGAGAUCCUUCUUUUGGUGUAAAUGUGUACAUAGGCCCAGACCGAGGAAAUUGCUCUUUCUAAGCAUCUUCCUCCUAUCCUUACUUGCUUUUCUUUUACUCCCCCCCCCCCCAAAGCACAAUGUUCAGGUUAUUUUAUGGUAAAUCUCUUUUAGAACUACCAGCAUAGGCCAUUAAAUGUACCCAAUAAAUAACUGAACUGAUCCUGAGCUAUGUUGUAAUUUGCUCAAACAAUGGUGACGUUGGCUGCAAGUGCGUAUCUGGUGGGAUAUGCCAGCCUUAGCCAAAAAUGCGAACUUAUAUUUAUGCUCUGCCUCUUUGAAAGCAGCACUCUUCUGUGAUCCCUCCUCCUUUUCAAACCUUCAGAUAGGUGAAGGUUGAGUGUUGAAUACAAAAUUGUAGGCUGCUAUAAGAAGCACAAUUAAACCCUUUAAAAAUGAAAACCAAUGUUAUAUCAUUGCGUUCGUUGCUAUUGUUAGAUUAUCUGUGGCCCAUGCUUCUGGUUAGCAAAACGUACUGCUAAUAGAGCAGGAUAAUGUAGUUGCUUUGUGUCUGUGUGUGUUCAGCUAGACAUCUUUUAAAGUUCUAUAAACCACCAACCGCGCCAAUUGCUUUAGAUAGUAUUGGAGAGAAACCCACCAUUGGCAGUUAGUGUUAUUCUGGAAGCAAGCAGUUGCAUGUUAAAAAAUAGACUUAAUUUCUAUUAGGAAUUAAACUCCGCACGCAUCAGCUAAUCUGGGCGGUUUUGCUACCUAUCCUACAAGUAAAAAAUUGAGGAAAGGGGUUGAAUAUUUUGGGGAAGGGAACUCUUACGGAGCACAUCUAUAUUAUAGGACUGAAAAUGUUGCCAAUUGAAUAUCCUGUUUUAACGAUAGGGUUUAAAAGGGCAGACCACAUCUUUAAGGAUAUUUGAUGUUCGUUUAUGGUCAUUUCAUCACCCCCUGGCAGGUGUGUGCAUCCUGUGUGCAAACUGAUGGUUUGGAAAAUCCAUGUGCCACAUUUUUUGCUACUAGGCUCUAAAGGGCUCUACAUGCACAGUGCACACCUCUGGCAAUCGCUGGAAUCCACAGACUGUUUCCCCCCGCCCCCCCAAAAAAAUCCCAUUCCUUCUCUUCCUGCUGCACCCCCCCCCCUCCACAAAAAAGCACCUCCAGGAAGCAGAAAGACAAGCUUCUUCCACAACUUGCUGGUACUUGGUGAGAAUUGUGGGCCCAGUGUUCCUAAAAGUGACUCAGGCCAUUUGGGGUCUGCUUUGUAGUGGCGGGGCCCCUGCAGUGGUGCUAAUUUCUGCAGUCCUCCACUGGGGUUCCAAUUUGGGUGGGGUUUUUUUAGACUUGUACACAACUCAGAGGCAGUGAACCUGCAGCCCUUCAGAUGUAAUUCAGCUACAACUACCGUCCCGUCCCCCCACUGGUCUUAGAGACCUUAUCAAAGUGUAAUAUAAUUUUGAUGGUGUGUUUGCUGUAGGGGAUCAAGUUAUAUUUCUGUGUACAGUCUUGUCAAGUCUGCGCUGUGUUGGCAGAUAGGGUUAGCCAACCUUCCCCGCCCCAACAGUAGGAGCAUUUUAAAACCAAGCAGUUGACUUGGUUACUGAGAGUUGCAGUUGGACUAAUCAAAUAUUGUUUGCACUAAAGAUAUUAAAGCAAUACUGAUAAUUAUGGCUUAAAAUAGUUCAGAAGAGCCACCCAACUUUCCAAACCAAGAGCUGGUGACUGGAAUCUGAGCUGCUUUACUGUUUUAACCUGUUCAUACCAUGUUUUUUCUCCCUUCUUCUUAGCAAUUUACUGUAGCCUAGCAAUAAAAUGCACCCUCAACAGUCAAAGGCAAUUAUUUGUAAAUACCAUGCAGAUUUGUUGUUCAUGUUCAGAAGAAAUAAAACCACAUUUCCGAGUAUUAUAUUUUUUCAUCAAAUAAAGUUUUUAAAACCCACGA